AUGUUACUAACAGUGAUUAUCCCAUUCACUAUUCUGAGACUUAUCUCUGGAGCUCCAGUAGAUAAGCCCAAUACUUGUCAAGUCAGAAUCACUCAUGGGGAAAGAACGUUACUCGAUGGGACCCUUACACCUGACCAAAUCAUGGACCUAAACGCAAAUAACCAAAAGGAGAAUCGAAAUCCAACUCAGAAAGAUGGUUCUUUGAUUUACUCUUGGGACAAAAACCAACUUGAUCAAACUGAAGAGAAGGAAUUAAUGGCAGCGCCAUUCAAAGCGACCAUGCAAGAUGAACAAGGUGAUGCUACUCGAACAUAUUCCUGUCAAGUAACUCCAUUCAAGAUAUCAAACGAUAUAAUUGAAUUCACUUUUACGAAAGAUGAUGAUCCAUGGUUGAUUGGACAUUUGACUGAUUUCGCAGAAAUGAGAUGUUUCGAAGAAUCUCUAGGACCUGUAAGUUCCCAUCAUCGCAAUACUCGCUUUGAUCGUACAAUGCUGUAA